GAUUGGUGUGACCAUUCUCUUGUGAAUACAGAUCUUGAUUAAUUUUCUAAAGAAAUAAUUACAUUUAAUCUAAAUGUAUCUGCUGUGUGUGUUAAACCCAAUUGUUUAAGGAUUUUGAUAAAUAAUAAAUAUGGAAUUCUCUAUUAAGGAUUACAAGCCCUGAAAAGACUACAACAAUCCGCACAGAGAGUGGUAAUUGACCUGUCGUUCAAAGCACAACAAUCAAAUAUGGAAGAAAUAAACCUUUCAUCCGUUUUGGAAUCUUACUUGACAAGGACACAUGGAUUUUAACAAUACUCAGACAAGAUCUGAUCAUUUAUUUACAUCUUUUACGUUGUUGUUGACUGUAUGAUAAAAAAUCAUUUAUUUUUGUACAUGUCUCGUUUGUAAUAUAACUGUGAUUUAGCAAGUGACAACUGGACAAUAUAAAUAUAUAGACAAUCAAACCUAUAAAAGGAAAAUAUAUAAUCAAUCAUGGAGAGUUUGAAUAGUUCUGGACCAAAUUUUACAGACGGAGUAGUGGGAAACAAUGAAUUUGUAGUAUUCAGCGAGAAGUAUUCACAGUACCAUGGGUACAUUAGCAGUUUCAUCUGCUUGUUUGGAGUAGUGUCAAACAUUCUGAACAUAAUUGUUCUAACAAGGAAACACAUGAUAUCUCCAACAAACUUAAUCCUAACAGCCUUAGCAUUGGCGGACGUCAUGACAAUGUCUGUGUAUUUGGUAUAUGCUUUGUAUUUAUAUGUGUUCACUCUUCCACGUGAUACAUAUGGACAUUCAAAGGGAUGGAUGUAUUUUGUUGUGGUGAACAAUCUGGUGGUUAUAACCUGCCAUAACAUGGCAAUGUGGCUAACCGUUUCCUUGGCAGUAUUUCGGUAUAUCUUUGUUUGCCAUCAUGUGGUGGCAAAUCAGCUAUGCAGUUUAGAAAGAGCCAAAUUGACAAUUGGUAUUGUUGUGGUGGUAACAAUUUUACUGUGCAUACCAAACUAUUUUAUGUACCGAGUGUAUGAACUGGCUGAAUAUCAACCAAACUAUACAGGCUACUGGAUUGAUUUGAGUUUGUUUGCUCAAAGCCAUUCAUUAUAUCAACCAAUAACAUUUUGGAUAUACGGAGUCAUCAUCAAAAUUGCUCCAUGUGUCUUACUGACGAUUCUGAGUGCAUGCAUCAUUUGUGCAAUGCAUGAAGCCAGUAAAAGACGUCAGCGCUUGUUACAGCAAGCUGGAAGACACAACGAAGAAACGUCUGCUGAACAUAACAGGACAACUAUGAUGCUUGUUGCUGUUGUGCUUUUCUUUGUAAUUACAGAAUUCCCACAAGGAAUUUUAGCAGGAAUAAGUGGCCUGAAUCCAAACUUCUUUCAGACAGUAUAUUCUAAUUUAGGAGAUAUAAUGGAUCUUUUAGUGCUUCUGAACAGUGCAAUUAAUUUUAUUCUGUAUUGUAUUAUGAGUCAACAGUUCCGUGACACAUUUACCAAUCUGUUUGUUUGUAAUUUCAUAUCCUUACGGAAUGUACACUCGGCCAAACAAAAUGGAAUGGCUUAUAGUACUGUUACAACUGAAGUAACUCAAGUCUAAUAAAAUAAUUGUAUAUUCAAAAAAAAAUUAAGUUUUGCUGUUGCUGUUUUCCUGAAAUAUGUCUUUCAUACUUAUUUUUUUUUUAUUAAAUUCAAUCAUAUAGCCUGUUUAUCAUAUACCUUGUAAAUCAUUAUUUUUUUGUCAUAUUACUUUUCUAAAUUAAGUAGUCAACCAGCUUGUACAAAAACUUAACCUCAGCAACUGAUUUCAUCCAUAUAUAACUUAAAGUCAUGCUGCAGUGGUAUAACAAUUAAUAAUAGUCUUUAUGCUUUGAUAGCUGCUGUGAUCCAGCAGUGACUGAAGUAAAAUAGCCACUAAUAAGCCAAAUUAUAAUCACCAAGAAUUAAGUGUAUAGUUUUUAUCAAUAAAAUAUGUAUGAACAAUGUAUAUCAAGACAAUAUACAAGAUGAUAAAUACAACAUUAUUGUGUUCAAUACAUAAUACAUUGUUUAAUGUUUCUUUAAAGACAAGUAAAUAAAUGGUUCUGUUCAAAUAUUGAAAAAUACAUGCUGCUUUUGUUCAUAUGAAGUCAAAUGACAGGAAAGAAAUAUUAUCUGCAUGGUUAAUUUAAAAAUGGUGAUUUUUGAUGAAAUACCUAAUUUUAUUAUCAAUAUUACAUAAUUUUGCAGCUAUGAAUUCAAAAGGGCAUAUUAAAGCUAAAUUAUUGCAUCAUGAGCUGUUGUGUAAUUUGCAAUCAGGCAAAUGAUUUCAUUCUAAAAAGAUUCACCAUAAAAGGCCUUCUUUGUCUAGUAAGGAUGCUCAAUCCAUGCUUUCUUUUACAAUUUAAAGAAAUAUUGCAGUAUUCAUUCCUCAUCUGAACAGUAUUAUGGAAUAUUAUACUUUUUUGGAAUCUUUGCAAGAAAUAUGAGCUGAUAUUUCCUGGCAAGAGUUUUAUAUCCCCUAAGCCAUCAUACGAAAGGUAUAUACUAAACUUACAGAAAGUACGAGCACAUAUCUCCAAUGAAUCCAGAAUAACUAUCAUAUUAUACUGAACUGUUCUCAAAUUAUCAUUUUGAUCAUCGUU